UAUCAAUACCCCGCUCAAAAUCUUCUUUCUUCUCCUCCCUCUCUCUCUCCUCUUUCCAUUACUCUGUCACUCACACAUGUGAAUUCACCCGUAGCUUCGUACCAUUGUAGUAAGUGAUUAUGGGGAAAUACAUGCGUACCCGCGCCAGAACCAAAAACAUCGACGUCUCUCACUCACCCUUUGGCGUCCGUACCCGCGCUAGAACCCUAGCCCUCAAAUCCUCGGCCACCGAUUUUCUCCAGCUCCGCUCCCGCCGCCUCCAGAAGCCGCCGCUCCUCGAGAAAUACCUCCACAAUUCCCCCAAAGCACCGCCUCCUCCUAAACAGUGCCUCGUUUCUACACAUAAUCAAAACCCCCAAAUUGAGCCCGCCAACGAAGUUGGGAAUGAAGCUUCUCAAAUGGUGGCUUCGGAAAUUGAGGCAUCUUUUGGCGAAAACGAUUUCGAUACGGAACCUAGACAAAGGUGCACCAGAGAAAGCACCCCUUGUAGCACGAUCGGAGCUGCUGGCAGUAUCACGGCACACGGGUCCUCAACAAAGCAGAUAAGUCCCAAUGUCUCCAAUCAAAGGGCCCCAAGAACUAUCCCCACGCCUCGCGAGAUGGAUGAAUUUUUUUCCCAUGCAGAGCAGCCCCACGAUCGCCUUUUCAUCGAAAAGUAUAAUUUUGACAUUGUUAACGAUUUGCCCCUCCCUGGACGUUAUGAGUGGGUAAGGAGCGAUGGCUUGGGCAGAGUUGGUUGUGAUUUUAGGCGCUGUGACUUAUGAUCUUAAGAAAGAAGGGAUAUAAUAUACUCCCUCCGUCUGAUUAGGAGUCCCGGUUUACCAUUUUAGAAUUAGUAUCAGCACAAAAUGUAACAUUAGGCUCUGAUAAAGUUCCAUUCCAGUCAAAGUUACUUAGUUAGGCACUAACUGUUCAUUAUCUUGUUAACUUUGGUGUUGAGAAUUGAGAUCUCUUGUAAGAACCUUCUCCCAAGUGCCGGCUCGGAUGUCAUUGUCUUGGUGAUAACCAGCCAGUCGGCCGGGACAUAAACGUCGAAUAUACCUCUACCUUUUAUCGGA